AUGGGCGUUCUUCCUCAAGAAAUCAUCAAAACUGAUGUGAUAAACGAUGAGAUUUUCAUCAAUUCCACGUACAGUUUCAGUGCAAAACAGUGGACGAGAGAGCAAAUUGUGACUGCCGUGAGUUUUGCUUAUGUUGUUAUUUCAAUUCUGAUGGUUCUUCUUUGGUCUGCCUAUUUGUGUUUUGAUGGAAGAAAGGCGCCCAGACGAGACACUCGAGUGAUUCAUAUGCUUGCGCAGAGAACUGUUUUCCGACUU